AGCAAACGCAAACGUCCACGAGCAUGGCUGCCGUCGCGAUGGAUCGGGGCUGGGGAGUUAGUUGAAAUAAAUGCGCUGGGCUCGCGACCUGGUUGAAGCACUGUCACUUCAGCUCGUUCAUCCAAAGCCACAGCCUCGGAGUCGCCGUGGGUUAAAGAAGUGUGAAUACAAAGUGAAAGGGUUGGCAGUUGCCUCUCCUUUCAUUCACCAACGCUCCUCUCUCUUUAGGUAGCCACGCGCGCGCCGCCCCGCCACGAGGAACACACGAGUACAAGACGCGACUCGACGAUUCCCACACUCACUCUCACACUCACUCCUACACUCUGACCUACACUCACCCACCUACUCGCCGCUAUGGCCAACGACUCCGAGUCCUCUAGAGGUGACACUCCCGUCUCCCAGUAUGCCAACCUCGAGUCCUCGUCCGCCUUCAACCCCGGCUGGCGCUUGUAUGUCGCCUUCUGUUCCCUGUCCGUCAUCACCCUCAUGGCCGCGCUUGAUGCAACCAGUAUCUCUGUCGCUCUGCCGAUCAUGGCCCAAGCCUUGCACGGCAGUGCCAUUGAGGCCUUUUGGUCCGGCACCAGUUUCCUGCUCACCGCCACCGUCUUUCAACCUAUCCUGAGCUCUUUCAGCGAUGUGUUCGGUCGCAAAUCCAUCAUCCUGUUCUCUUUGGCCCUCUUCGGAGUCGGCGCCAUCAUUGCAGCCGUGGCAAACAACUUCACUGUUGUGCUCGUAGGCCGCAGUAUCCAAGGAAUCGGUGGGGGCGGCAUUAUCGUGCUGUCCGAGGUCAUCAUCACAGACUUGGUGCCUCUGAGGGAGCGUGGCAAGUACUUCAGCUUUAUCUCUGCCAUGUGGGCGCUCGGGACCGUUGUUGGCCCGCUGCUUGGUGGUGGGUUCUCCGAGCAUGUCACGUGGAGAUGGAUUUUCUGGAUCAACCUUCCUUUCAUCGCCGUUGGCAGUGCCCUUGUCAUCUUCUUCAUGAAACUGCACUCUAGGACGUCCUCUCUUGCCUCCAGGCUGAUGAAAGUCGAUUGGAUCGGCAUGGUCGUCUUCGUCGCAUCAAUGACGGGUUUCCUCAUCCCCAUCACCUGGGGUGGUGUUCAGUACGCCUGGGAUUCGUGGAGGACGCUGGUGCCUCUGGUCGUGUGCGGAGCCGCCCUGGUCGCUUUCAUCAUCUACGAGCACAGCUUCGCGCCGAACCCCCUGAUCAGGACGCGCGUGUUUAUGAACAGGACGGCGGCAUCGACCUUUAUUCAGACAAUCCUGCACGGCAUGGUCCUGUGGUGUGAGCUCUACUACCUACCGCUCUACUACGAGGCCGUCAAAGGAUACUCGCCCAUCCUGGCGGGUGUCGCGCUUUUCCCGCAAACCUUCACUGUCGCCCCAGCGGCCAUGAUUGUGGGCUUCGUCAUUGCCAAGACGGGUCGCUACCGGUGGGCACUAUGGAGCGGGUGGUUCCUGAUGACCUUUGGCAUGGGCUUGCUGAUCUACCUCGACGUUGACACCAAGGUCCCGUCGUGGGUGUUCCUGAACCUUGUUCCCGGUCUGGGCGCCGGCAUUCUUUUCCCUAGCAUGGCCAUAACGGUGCAGGCGUGCUCGUCGAGCCAGGACCAGGCUGCAGCCGUGACGAUGUUUACGUUCACGCGGGCGUUGGGCCAAACGAUUGGCGUGGCCAUCGGCGGAGUCAUUUUUCAGAACGAGAUUAAGAAGAAGCUGCUGACGUUCCCGCUGCUUGCGGACAAGGCGGUGGCGUACUCGCAGGACGCCAGCGGGCUUGUCCAGAUCAUCAAGGGCAUGCCGUCGGGGCUGGCGGAGACGCAGCAGCUCAAGGUGGCGUACGUGCAUGGGCUGCGGUACAUUUGUAUUGUCAUGACGGCGAUAUCGGCGGUGGCGUUUGUGGUGAGCUUCUUGACAGAGGGCCUUCCGCUCGACCGGGCGCUGGAGAGCGAGCAGGGCUUCGACUAUGGCGGAAGGGCGGAGCGGGAAUUGGAGGAGAUCAAGGUGUAAGCAGACGAGAUGGAUGGUUGUGUUUAGUAAUUAGCGUGGAAAUUGACGAUGAUGGCUUGGGCUGGUGUGACGUUUGCGCAGGCUUGGCGAUCAGGGACCGGGGAGCAGGUGGCCGGGAGCGGUAACGUGGGACGAAGGGCUUUGGUGUAGUCUAAAAUGCGGAGGGGGGUGCGGACGUCAUGGGUCUUGGGCAGAUCGGAGGAGCGUCGAGAUCUGUGCGAGACCCUGGGCGGGCUGACGGUUGGGUAAAAGAAGGUGUC